GCCGCCGUGGGGUGACAGCUGGGUCUGGAGAGGCCCCUGGGAGGCAACAGCGGGGCCUGCAGAGGCUCUUCUCCAGCCAGAGCUGGGCCUGUACAGGCCACCGGGAGGCAGGACGUGGGCCUGAAGAGCUUGGCUGCAGAAACUUCGGGGCCUACAAACGCCAGCAGGAGCUGAGCCAAAAGAGCUUGCUUGCUGGGAGUCAGGAGCUGGGCUGGGAGAUGCAGCCUGGAGGAACAGCUGGGCCUGCAGAGGCCGCCAUGAGGGAGGCAGAGGCUGGGCCUCCUCAAGUCGGCCUCUCCAGACCCACUUGCAGCCUCCCGGCAUCCUCUGUGGGCCCAGUUCUUCCUCCCGGCUGCGUCUCCAGGCCCGACUCCGGCCUCCCAACAACCUCUUUGGACUCAGCUCCCGCCCAGCUCCCGGCGGCCCUGGUAGGCCCACAACUUCCUGAAGCCAAGCUCCCCAGGCCCAGCUCAGGCCUCACGGUGGCCUCUCCAGGCUCAGCUCCUGCCCUCCGAUGGUGUCUCCAGGCUCCAAAUGGCGUCCGGUUGGUGGACUCCUCCUGGCCCAGCUUGGGCCUCCUGGCAACCUCUGCAGGCCCAAGUCAUUCCGAAGUCGGCCUCUCCAGGCCCAGCUCCGGCCUCCCAGCAAGCAAGCUCUUUUGGCUCAGCUCCUGCCCAGCUCCCGCUGGCCUUUGUAGGCCCCGAACUUUCUCCAGCCAAGCUCUUCAUGCCCACCUCCUGCCUCCCGGUGCCUGA